UGUAUGCUGUGACAACCACGGGAAUGUCAGGACACAAUCACUUCAGUGGAGUUUGUAUCAACAUUACUUGUUUCUCUAGGGCACAUUCAUUACGUUGAAGCUAAUGACGACGGGAGCCAGGAACACCUGUACGCCGAAGGCAGCUAAACCCCCCUCUCGGAUGGAACAUAUUGAACCACGUGGUUCUGGCACAGAUUCAAACAUGCAUCUUUCUAGGCCCGAGUCUUCCCCAAGCAAUCUACGAAACCAACACAGUGUGCCCAAAGUCUCUGCGAUGUCUUUACGUGGACCAACUGCCAAUGUCGAACUUGCAUAUCGCGCAUGUCUACAGACACCCUAUACAACAGAGCGGACGCCAUGCGAAAGGCUUACAGAGAGUUUAGUGUCCCCACUGAAAAGUACAGCUCAUGCCGGGACACCCCCCAGGAUAAGAGGAGGACAUAGAUCAAGGUCCUUAAAGCUUCGUCAUUCGUGCAGUCCAAGAAAAGCACCCACUGACGUCAAAGCUACGUUUGAACCUCAGAGUGCCUAUCAAACUGAAGUUGGAGACGACCCGGAAGUCAGCAGUGGUGUUACGAUUAUGCGCAUGCCUGGUGUUGCAUGCCGGUUAUUUUGCAUUGAUGACAACCCGUCGUCACCGGAGUCGACCGUGUCUCCUUUAAGCAUCAGCAUUUUGUCUGAUGAUGAUUCUGAUACGCUUUCUGUUAAAAAUCAAUCUGGUAUCGACGAAACUUCACAGAUCUAUGCCAAAGUGGAAAAGGAUACCACCACAGAGGUUACACCAAAUAAGCGUUCUGUUUACUCGAAAACUGGGCUCAAUAAGUAUCUUGAUGUAAGCCUAACUCCACGCGACAAGAUGACACGGACGGUAAAUACACCAGUAAGGGGUAAAUAUGAACAUGAAUUCAUGGUUGGUGGAACGCUGGAUGCGAAUUUUUUUAAAGAUGCCGUUGAGAAGGUACUCAAAAAUGUAAAAGAUAACUUUGAUUCAUUUGGACAGAAAGAUUUCAUUAGUCCGUUGAAUGCUAGCCCUAUUUGUGGAAGUGUUGGUUGUGUCCAAUCCAGCGUCAACCAAGGAAACGAUUACUGUCUUGCUGAAGAGCUUCCACCCAGAGAAGUAGAUGAUGCACACGGAUCCACAGACUUAGAACAAAUAUCUGCCCGGGAAAUUUUUAAAUCUGAAAUAACUCGUAGAAGACGAAAACUGGAUGACAUUGACCUCAUCUCGAGAAUUGGCUGCAUCUUUCAGGAGUUUCAUCUGAACGAUGACCUAUCACUUCUGCCCCCAAAGAUCGAGGAUGAGCAUCACGUGAUAUAUAAUGUUUUGGAUCAGACGAUACCAGAGUCUGAUGACGUCACUGAUCACGUGUUAAUGAUUAGAUUAGGAUCGAACCUAUAUCGACUGAAGUCUGGGGAACUGACGUUUGAUAUUCCGGUAUUUUAGUUUGUGUAAAGUGUGCUCGUCUUGGUCUGGAUGACCUGCUUCCGAAUGUUUCGGACUUGCAACCCACAAAGGUGGACCUGAGGCGGCUUAGCACGCUGCUGUCAGAUUUUAGAAUCACGAUCAACUAAUAAUAGAUCCGAAUUUUAAAAUGUACCAUUGUUGUGACAGUCCCAUAAUGAGUUUCACUAAAGUAAGAAAUUUCUACGAAAUGAUUCACUUUGAAUGGCAUGCCUGGAUGUAACUUUAAUAUGGUUGAAAGCGUUACAGAAAGGAAUACACUGUUUGAACUGGUUAGGUUUUUCAUAUGCAACAGAUAAACGGUAGUAAAUGGUAUUUGUAUGCGUGAAGUUGUAUACAAGCUGCAUUUCGAAGGGUGAACACAAAGGUCUAAGUGUUCUCGUGAGGCAUGUGACACCAAAUGAGCUCAGAAUACCCUCUGUGUUCCAUUAAUUGAAAUGAGGACCAUUCAUCAAAUGUAAAUGCUGUUCUACAAGAGAAAGUAGUAGUGGAAAGACUCCAUGUAUGAGAAUUUCUUGUCAUGAAUUGUACCUCCACUCUGAAUAAAACUGAGU